AUGGAGGAUGCUAAGGUGAAGUCACAGCUGCUUCAUUCUCUGGCGAUCAGCAUAGCCAAAGCAUCUAAGCACUUUUCUCUUUCACCUACUUUCCAGCGCUGCACCUUUGCCUCCUGGAUCAAGGAGAACAUCCGCAAGAGGGAAUGUUGCCUCUUUGAAAAAGGUGACAGAGAGGAUAUCUGUAAGUGUGGCUACUCAAAGACUGUGCAUGUGGAUGAAGCCAUCAAGCCAGACGAAUUCACAGGCGAGUCGUGGGACAUACACAGACAUGUCCGUGAAGUGCCCAGCGAUGCUUUCGGAGACAUCAACUUUGGUGGUUUGGGACAGAAGACUGGCAAGUAUGCGCGAGUGUCCACAGACACCAGCCCUGAGAUCUUGUACGAGUUACUGACUGAACAGUGGAAACUUUCCCCUCCCAACCUGCUGAUCUCAGUGACCGGAGGAGCCAAGAACUUCUACCUGAAGGCUGGGCUCAAGAAUAUGUUCCACAGAGGUCUUAUCAAAGUGGCCCAGACAACAGGUGCGUGGAUCAUCACCGGAGGUUCCCAUGCAGGUGUGAUGAAGCAUGUAGGGCAGGCUCUGAGGGAUUACACCCUGAGCAGCAACUCCAUGCAGGGCCAGAUCGUGGCAAUCGGAGUGGCAACAUGGGGAAUAAUUCACAACAGGGAUGUUUUGGUGCAUUCAGAGGGUUGUUUCCCAGCCCAUUACUCGAUGGACAUCAAUGGCCAGGGCCGACUGUCCUGCCUCGACAACAACCACACGCAUUUCCUGCUGGUGGAUGAUGGGACCCAUGGAAAAUACGGGGUGGAAAUCGAACUGCGGAGUCGUCUGGAGAAAUGCAUCUCCAGAAAGCAUCUUGGAAAUAAAGAGAGUGGUGUUACCAUCCCUGUGGUGUGUGUUGUCUUGGAUGGAGGACCAGGUACUCUGAAUACCAUCUAUAACGCCAUGCUGAAUGGUACACCGUGUGUGAUCCUGGAGGGCUCCGGGAGGAUAGCAGAUGUGAUCGCCCAGGUAUCAGGACUGCCAGUGACCCGGAUCACUAUCAGCCUCAUCAGCCAGUUAUUAGAGAAGUUUUUCGGCCAAGAGUAUGAAAACUUCGCUGACCUCAAGAUAAUAAAAUGGACCAAGCAGAUUCAGGACAUCAUCAGGAUGUCACACUUGCUGACAGUAUUCAGAGUAAGCGAGGACAAUCAUUGUGAUGUGGAUGUAGCCAUUCUUCAAGCACUCCUUAAAGCUUCGAGGAUCAGCGAGACACUGGGAACAGAGGCCUGGAAGAGGCAGCUGGAGCUGGCUAUAGCCUGGAACCGAGUGGACAUUGCUGAGACUGAGAUCUUCACUGAGGAAAGUCAGUGGAAGUCCAGUGACCUCCAUUGGGCCAUGUUCUCCGCCCUGGUUGGCAACAAGCCUCAGUUUGUGAGUCUGCUGCUAGAAAACGGUGUGAGUCUGAGGGAUUUCCUGAAUGACGAGGACACUCUGUGUGAGCUCUACAAACAACUGCCCCCCUGCUUUUUUCUAAAUAAGCUGGCCAAGCGGGUCCACAGUUCCCGCCGCAGUAUGAAACGAGUGUUCUUCAGGUCUCGACCUCACCGAGGGAAAGGUGAAAGCAUUUCCAUGACUCAUGUGUCCGAUGAGGUGCGCCACCUGCUGGGCAGUUUCACCAAGCACCUCUACCCUGCCACCACGACACAUGACUUCAACGUGUCCAUGGAGGAUUCAUCAGUGUCAGAACUAAAAUGUACUCCAGCUCUACUCAGCACUGAGGCACAGAGGGAUCCAGGCAGAGAUCUUUUUCUUUGGGCUAUUGUCCAGAACAAUAGAGAGCUGGCUGAAAUAGCCUGGGAGCAGUGUAGAGACUGCAUGUCUGCUGCUCUGGCCGCCAGUAAGAUCCUGAAGAAAAUGGCUCAAGAAGGAAAUGAUGCAGACGAGGCAGAGGAUAUGUGCGCACUCGCCAGCCACUAUGAGCAACAUGCCAUUGGUGUGUUCAGCGAGUGUUAUAACUGUGAUGAGGAGCGAGCUCAGAAGUUGUUGGUUCGUGCGUCGCCGUAUUGGGGCAGGACGACGUGCCUGAGGCUGGCACUGGAGGCAGAUGAUAAGAAUUUUGUAGCUCUGUCAGGUGUUCAGGCUCUUCUGACUCAGAUCUGGUGUGGCGGGCUCUCAGUGGACAACCCUGUGUGGAGAGUCCUAAUCUGCAUGAUUUUCUUCCCGCUUAUCUACAUUGGCUUUCUGACUUCCAGCCUGCGGCACCUGAAGCCUGUGAGCAAGUGGUCCAGAUUGGCCUGCCUGUACAACUCUCCGCAGGUCAAAUUUUACUUCAACAUAGUGUCCUACUUCGCCUUCCUCUUCCUGUUCGCUGUGGUGCUCAUGAUCGAUUUCCAGGAAACGCCAUCUGCUGGGGAGGUGCUGCUCUACAUCUGGCUGUUCUCUCUGGUGUGUGAGGAGGUCAGACAGUUGUUUCAUGAUCCUGAUGGCUUUGGAUUUCGGAAGAAAUCCACAAUGUACAUCAAAGACAUGUGGAAUAUUUUAGAUGCCAUGUCCAUCAUCCUCUUUAUUAUCGGGCUUGCAUUUAGGCUGACGACUGAGCUCUUCUAUGCGGGUAAAGUCCUCCUCUGCAUCGACUUUGUGAUCUUCUGCCUCCGUCUCAUGGCGAUCUUCACCAUCAGUCGAACUCUGGGACCAAACAUCAUCAUAGUCAGGAGAAUGGUGAUGGAUAUGUUCUUCUUCAUGUUCUUGUUGAGUAUCUGGGUAGUGGCAUACGGUGUGGCGAAACAAGGCAUCCUCAUCCACAAUGACAAUCGACUGGACUGGAUCAUGCGCGGGGCUGUUUACGAGCCAUACCUCAUCAUAUUUGGGAAUUUUCCCACAAAUAUAGAUUAUGCUGAGUUUAACAUUGACACUUGCACCAUGAAUGGCACUGAUCCUCUGAAGCCUAAGUGUCCAGUGCUGAAUGAAAACCAAACACCAGCCUUCCCCGAGUGGCUCACCAUCAUCAUGCUUUGUGUUUACUUGCUCUUUGCAAACAUACUGCUGCUCAACCUGCUCAUAGCUAUCUUCAACUUUACGUUCCAGGAAGUGCAAGACAACACAGACAGGAUAUGGAAGUUCCAGAGAUAUGAGCUAAUAAAGGAGUACCACAGCCGUCCCGCUGCCCCUCCUCCAUUUAUCAUCUUCAGCCAUCUUUACCUCCUUAUCAGAAACACGGUGCUGUGCAAGCCCCCCAUCAAAAGCAAAGAAUUCAAGGAUGUGCUUCCUCAGAUAGAGGAAGAGGAGCUGUUGUCCUGGGAGGCCUUGAUGAAGGACAGAUACCUGCUGUCCACGCAGCAGGAGCAGAGCCAGAGCAUGGAGCGACGCAUCCUGGACACAGCCCAAAAGGUUACCACCAUGACGGAUAUGCUGGAGAGGGAAGAGGAGACGAGCUCUGCUGCUAUGAUGAAAAGACUGGCCAGACUAGAGGAGCAGGUUUCCCAGUCAGCCAAAAUCCUGCAGUGGAUUAUGGACAGUCUGAAAUCUCAGGGUUUUGCAGCAAAAGAAUCACAACCAACGACAUCAACUACAACAGACAGUGAGUCCCCUGACAUUGAAAAAGAGAAAGGUGGAUUUCAUGUGAAUGCCCGUCAGUUCGACUACCCAAACAGCAAACUUAAACGCUUCCCUGUGCCUGAGGAAAAGGUGCCAUGGGAGGUCAAAUUCAUCUCAUACAUGCCGACUCCUUAUACCCCAGAGGACAGUGGCGACCACAGGGACGGAGCAGAAUCAGAAGCCUUAGAUAAUUACAGAAACCCAUCAGGGAGGACGGGCAUCACGGGACGAGGUGCGCUCAGCCGCUUGGGUCCAAAUCUGAAUGUAGACCUUGUGCUCACACGCUGGCAAGACAGCGAGAGAUCUGUUUUGGAGUUUCUGGCCAUUGGAGACGAGAACCACCAAACCGUGACUUUACCUGGGGGACCUGUCGAAUCUGCUCAUCACUUGCCACUGACUCUUGAGAGCACCAUGGGGAAGAAGCUGUAUGAAAAGUUAAAUGAAAAAAUAUCGGAGGGCACAAAGGUGUCUACAGGUUAUGUGGAUGACAGCAGGAAUACGGAUAACGCCUGGGUGGAAAUCACUGUCAUAAACCUUCACCUGGACAGAACGAGCCAGAUUAUGACAGAAAUCAAUAAGGUGGCAUGUCUUCAGUGGCAGGAGGUGAAUAAAAAAACAAGACUUAUCUCAAACCAAAGAGACUCUUUGCGGCGGGUCGCUGACCUGCACAACAGGAAGUUCUAAUCUUCACACCGCUGUAGCUACGUGUCCGUCUACAGCUUUCCUUGUGCCUGUUCAUGUGGCCUUUUGUUAUUCUGUUGCACUGAUCGCACAGAUUUAAAAAAACAAGACUUAAUAUUUGCCAAAAUAUAUGCUGCUUCAUAUUAAUCUUCAACAUUUUGCACUAAUGUCAAAAACAAACUGUAUGUUUUAGCCUACACACUGUGCUGUACGCUUCAUACACGUGUAAGCAUCCACAUGUGCACUGAUUUACUCAUGUACUGUACAAUCUUGAGGUUCUUGCACUUUAAUAUUUCCAUCUUAUGCCCCUUUACACUUCUACAUCACCAC